CACGUGAUGUUCGAUUCGUGAGAUUGUUUUGCUCGUUCAGGAUCGUACUCAGCAGUUGUCAUCCAACUUGAGUUGGUUUCUGACAAGGUUUUUGUACAAUAGCCGACAAACGUUCUUGAAUCCGUUGUCUUUUGACAUGGAUGCCAUGCUGAGGAACGUUAUUCUCAUGGGAGUGAGCCUAAUGCUCAUUUUCACCGCCUUUCAAACCACCGGCAUAAUAGAGCAAACUGUGAUAUCGAGUGUGAAAACUGACGAUCCAUCGUUCAAUGGUGAUGGCUAUCUGAGUCUGGCAAUCAUCUAUGCGGCCUUUGCCACAGCAAAUUGGCUUGCCCCAUCCAUCCUGUCUUUGUCAGGUCCCAAGUAUGGUAUGAUCAUGGGGGCUAUACCUUACAUCAUAUUUGUGGGAUGCUUCUUGAAACCUACUACCUGGAGUCUCUAUCUGACUUCUGUUCUUGUUGGCAUUGGAGCGGCUGUACUCUGGACUGCACAGGGGAAUUACUUAACUCUCAACUCAAAUGAGACUACAAUGGGAAGAAAUAGUGGCAUCUUUUGGGCCAUCUUCCAGUGCAGCAUGCUGUUUGGGAACAUUUUUGUCUUCUAUGCUUUUGAUGGCCUGAGCUAUAUUGAAGAACACACAAGAAGAUUGGUAUUCCUGGUUUUGCUUGGUGUUUCUAUAGCAGGACUCCUCCUUGCAUUCCUUUUAGGGACUGUAUCACAUUCUGAUGCAAUUGCCAAUGAGGCUCCCCUACAGGCAUUGAAAGAAGCUCCCAAGCUCCUUGUAACCCAACAGAUGUUCCUCCUUUGCUUCACUUUCAUUUAUACAGGCUUGGAGUUGAGUUUCUUCAGUGGUGUCUAUAGUACAGCAAUUGGAUUCACUCUGGCCUUUGGUGAGAGAGCAAAAAGGCUGGUUGGACUCUCUGGUGUUUUCAUUGGUGUUGGAGAAAUCUUUGGGGGGUUACUGUUUGGCAUUCUUGGUAAGAAGACAACAAGAUAUGGUCGGGACCCAGUUGUUCUUCUGGGCUGCCUGGUUCACUUGGGGUGCUUUUACCUGAUCUUUCUGAAUCUCCCAGAUGACUCUCCCUUUGGCAAGACAUCACAUCUUGCUCCAAUUGAAAGCAGUACUCAUUGUGACAAUAAUUAUUUCCUUUUAUUUUUUUUUCUCUUCCAUCAUAGUGCAAAUCUGGCCAUGCUGUGUAGUUUUCUUCUGGGAUUUGGGGAUGCAUGCUUCAACACCCAAGUCAUUGCUCUUCUUGGGAUUCUCUAUUCGGAGAACAGUGCACCUGCCUUUGCCAUCUUCAAGUUCUUCCAGAGCUUGGCUGCAGCUGCCUGCUUUUUCUACAGUGGAAGCAUUGGGCUUCAUUAUCAGCUACUGAUUCUGGUUGUGACUGUCAUCGGAGGGACCUACUCUUUCUGGUGGGUGGACUGGACUCGUACUUCUCCCAGCUUGGAAAUUGACUCUGUGGAUGAUGAUGCUGGUACUGAUGUUGAUGCUCAGGGAGCUCAGUAAACUUUCUCAUUUUCUUUCUUAUGGGAUCUAGUCAUCAUUGGAAGAUCCAUGGGAUGGUCACAGUGCUGAAACAUGUAUCUUGUUUCCAUGCCUGAAACCAUCCUGAAUUCUGGAUGACUUGCAAGUGCAAAGGGCAAAUUGAACAGUUGUCAGAAAGGAUCAUUACCUGUGAUUUAUCACUUAAGCUGUAUUUAGCACUUAGACAAUGAAUGUAUUAUAUUUUUCUUCAUUUCAG